CGGUCUAUGUCAAUUUGGAUGUCUACGGUGCGUGUGGCCGUGACGAGGAAGUCGCUACUGACAGCGACUCCGCUCCAGACUACACUAGUAGCCUCCGCGGAGUCCACUAGUACCCCGGUACACGAGUGGUGGCGAGCCGCUUUCCUCGGCUCCACACGGCCGUCAGCCCGUCGUCGCGGGGACGGCGCUCCGUGGGGCGGAGGGGGCCGCGGAUGGAGCGGGCCGCCGCGGUACGCUGACACCGCAAGCCCGCUGAAGCCCGGCACGAUGGACACGGAGCCGGCCGGCGCGAGCCAAUCAGAACACGGACCGGCCUCCUCCGAUUCGUCUUCCUCGUCGGCCGCAGGCGCGCCCGCGCCGCCCCGCCUCACGCCCAACCCCAUGCUGCUGCAGGACUCGCCGGCGCCGGCGCCGCCCGUCACCUCCUCCCCGCCGCCCCCUCUCACUCCCGCGCCCUCCCUCUCUGCACCCAAAAUGGCGGCGGUGAGGACUUCCUUCCCUCACGUCCUCGUCCCCGCGCCCCCGAAACUGACCGCCACGGCAAGCUCCGCCCUUCGCACGUACGCGCGGCCCAUCCUGCCCUGCGCCGCCAAGACCGCCACGCACGCCCCCGCCGCUUCCUCUUCUGCGGAAAACUCAUCUCCCUCAUCGUCAACGGGCACCUCGUCGACCGAGACCUCCGCCGCGCUGACCAACGGGAGCACGAGGACCGUUUCCACGGUGACCUCCAACACCCUCACGCCCUUCCACACGCCCGCCAGUCCGCCCGCAAGACAGGCCCCGCAGCCCCGCCCGGCGGCGGGCUCGUCCGCCGGGCCGCCGCGAGCCGAUCCCGGCCCCCCCGCCGCCCUCGUCGCCAGGCGUGGCGCUCCCCAGCGGGCCUCGCUCCUGGGGGGAGGUCUCAAAGGGUCCGGACAGGAGCAGGUGCUGCUCAGCGCUCAGAUGCUGAUCCUCACGUCGGCCGUGCGGGCCGGCCCUUCCUCCCCUUCCUCCUCUUCCUCCUCUAUUGACCCCGCCUCCGCUCAGGUGAGCAGCGUCGGCGCGCCGAGCGGCGCCGUCGGCCGGCGGUUGACGGUACGUGUCGUCUCUCUCCAGCUCCGUAGCGGGACGCCCAGGCCGGCCGGCGCCCUCGCCGCUCCCUCUCUGCGUCUGAAGGCCCCGCCUCCGCUCUGUCGCCCGCAAACGGCGCUCUUCCCUCCUCUGAGGCCACGCCCCCGGCCGGAGACCGCGACCGCGCCCGGCCGCCGCCUGACGGCGCCGCCCCCCCCGACGCUCUACUCGGCGGUCCGAGCCGUCCCCCUGCGGCCCAAGCUUCAUGCGGCCGCGGCCUCCCGGGCGCCCGCGCUCGGCGUCCUCCCCGCCGCCGCCGUCCCGCCGCCGCCACCGCCGCCCUCCGCCUCGUCAUCGGAGACGCCGCCGUCCGCCUCCGGGCGGCUCCGAAUCGUCGCCCCGUCUUCAGCUCGCCCGCCGCCGUCUCUCGCCCGAACCCCCGCGGCCGCGCCGCCGACUCUGAGCGGACAGGAAGCGCUUCCCCUUCCUCGAAGCGCCGCGUCGCCUCCCCGCCGGAAUCCGCCGAACGCGAAGGAGAGCGACGCGCCGUGGGGAGGCUCCGCGGAAGACGCCGACGCCGCUCCAAACGACCCGAGACGCCAGGACGAGGACGCGGACGAGAUGGAGGCGGACAAGGACGACGGCCGGGAAGACGAGCGAGUGCGAACGGAGGCGAGUCGCGGCGGCUCGGGGCCCAGGGGCCGGGAGCGCGCCAUGGAGCCGCGAGAGGAAGGAGAAGACGCCGCCGAGGCGCCGUCGGCCGGCGGAAGGUCGCAAAUGUCGCCGACGCUCGAGGACGCCCGACCCCGAUCGCGGGUCGCCGCCGAGGCUCCGCUUCCGGAAGCGGACCCCAUCCGGCGUUCGCCUCCGGAACUUUCCGCCCACGCCGUCGGGCUGCCAGAACUUCCCGGAGAGAUGGCGGCCUCGCGGGACAUCAUCAACGAGAACGCGUCCGCUCGGUCCGACAACCAAUCGGCGUCAUCCAGCCUGUCGUCGCAGUCUCCGCCCUCGUCUCCGUCGGCGGAUCCCGCCUCCCGCGCCGCCGCCGCCCGGCCGCUCGACCUCAGCCGAUCGCGGCCGGCCGCGGAAACCCCCACGGGGGGCGCGCCGCCCCUCGGGCGAACGGAAGACGAGCCGCCCGAGAGGCGGGCGGCGGACGGACCGUGGGAGGCGAGGGCGUGGCCGGAAGGCGGGGACGUCCUGACGCACGUCGUGGAAGGUUUCGUCAUACAGGAAGGACUGCAACCGUUUCCUGUGAACCGCUCGUCGCUGCUUUUGCCCCCUCGGCCGUCGCCGUCGCCGCCGCAGGAAGCGAACGGGAGCGACCGCAAGACGGCCGAGACGGCGACGGAACAUUCGGAGCAUUCUACGGACUCGCAAGAGGACGACGGCCACAAAGACGCGCAGCGGCACGGAACGCGCGGUUGCCAGCGCGAUCGAGCCGUUCUCCACUGCCAGUUCUGCGGCAAGCGAGGCCACGCCCACAACUUCAUGCGCUCCAAGCGUUUCUGCUCGACUUCCUGCGCCCGCGGGUUCAACGUGCGCCUGACGAAGCGUCUGCGAGCGCUGAGCGCCGGCGGCCGCGCGGAGAGGCCGCGGCCCGCCCUCAACAGGGCGCAGUCCGUGCCCGGGAAGCCGCUCCUGCUCAGACUGCCUCGAGAUCUCUGGAGCGCCGGACGCCGAGAGGACGACGGCAAGGUUGAGGCGGCGGAGCAAAAAGAGGAGGAGGAGGAGGAGGAGGAGGAAGAGGACAUGGAGGCAGGAGGAGAGGAGGAAGACCAGGAGGACGAAGAGGAGGGGGGACCGGCGGUCGCCCUGACGACCGGGACGGAGAGUCCGGCGUCAGUAACCAUGGUGACCGCGUCCACGCCCACAAGCACCUUUAAGGCCGAACCGUCGCAGUGGACUGUGGACGACGUCACGGCCUUCAUACACGCGCUGCCGGGCUGCGGCGAGGUUUCGUCGGCUUUCCGUCUUCAGGAGAUCGACGGCCAAGCGUUGCUGCUGCUGACCGAAGAACAUCUGAUGAGCGGCAUGAACAUCAAACUGGGCCCCGCGCUCAAGAUCUGCGCGCACAUCAACGCGCUCAAGAACCCCUGAAGAAGCCGCGAGGCGCUUCGAUCCAAACGCCGACGACAAUUGGUCUUAUUGUGUACAAGCUGCUGAAGAGUCCACUUGAAGGAUUUUCAACAUUGAAUAUAUCAAAUUUGUCUAUUUAGUUUUUUUAGAAUGUGAUGUCAUGACAAAUCUAUCCUGUAGCUUACGUAACCACUGCGUGUGUAUCAAAAAAAAAGAUGACAAAUCCAAAUAUUAUUAUUAAAAGCUAAACUUGCUGAAAAUGUGAAGUUUUCUAUGCUGGAGAGUUCUUCAACUGUCCCGUUUUUAUGAUCUCCUGCUUAUAUUGAAUAUUGAAUAAAGCAACUCAUCUUACA